UCACAGAUCGCAGCGGGCGCGCGUGGAGAGGCGGCGGUGUCGGCGGCGCCUGGGGCCUGAGGAGGCGUCGUCCCCUCGGGCUUUGCCUGGGGAGCGCCUUGGGGCGGUGCGCCUCCGGCAGCUCUGGACCUAGUGCGGACCGCCGGGAGGACGGAUGUGAGCUUCUCCUACCUGGAAAAUCUUAAGUUCUUAGAAGUUUCACUGCACACCUGAGACCAGGGUAUCCACCAUUCUACUUUUUGUUUCUUUACUGUUGCUUUGACUACUUUAGAUCAGGUGGCAGUUUAUAUAAAGAAAGCACUGGGACUGUGGCCACACCUUCAAGAAUAAAAAAAAAAAAAAUAGAAAAUGGAACAGCCAUGUAUGUUAUGUGAGGAAGAGCAAGAGCCAGACCUACAGCAGAACACAGAAGAAACCAAAAAAGUAGAUGAUGAAGAUGCUGAGCUCAUCUUUGUUGGGGUAGAACAUGUAAAUGACGAUGCUGAGCUGAUCUUUGUUGGGGUGACUUCAAAUUCAAAACCAGUUGUUUCAAACAUUUUGAACAGAGUCACCCCAGGUUCAUGUUCAAGGAGAAAAAAGUAUGGUCACCUCAGAAAAGGUACUACUCAGAAAUUACCGCCUAUAAGUCAUGUGACCUCUGUAUCAGAAGCAGUCACUGCCUUGCCAGUUUCUGAAUCUGAAUCAAGAUCAACAGAUAGUCCCAUUAUUAUUGAGCCUUUGUCUAAACCUGAUUUUAAAAGUAAUUCACAAAUUGUGCCUAAUAGCUGUUUGGAGUUAUGUUCUCCUUUGAUUACAUUCACAAAUUCAUUACAGCAUCCAGUAGGAGAAGCACUUUCUGUAGGAGAUAUGAAUAAAAGUCCUUGCAUAUCAAAGCAGCUUUCCACUGCUGAAGUAAAUGAUAUAAAUCCCAAAAGGCCUAAACUCAGUGACGGAAUCAUAGAGGGACAUGCUUCAGCUUUGUCCUCUUCAGGUAACUUUCAUACAAUGACUUCACAGCAAAGCACAGACUCAAACAGUGUUCAUACCUCAUUAAACCAUGUUCAGAAUGGACAUGACUUAGAACGGAGCCAUGGAGCCAUGGUUCAGAAUGGAGCACCUUUUGCAACUCCUUUUCCAAAGCACAGUGUCCAUUUUAAGCCUAUAAAUCCUGUAAAGGAAAAUAGACCGGCAAAAACAGACUUUUUGAGUCUAACAAGUGAAAACCAGGUUGUUGAUCCCAAGAAAGGAAGUCUGGUCAUAUUACUUCGUGACUUUUAUUAUGGGCAACAUAAAGGAGAUGGUCAGCCAGAACAGAAGACUCACACAACCUUUAAAUGCCUCAGCUGCUUGAAAAUUCUAAAAAAUGUCAAGUUUAUGAAUCACAUGAAGCACCAUCUGGAACUUGAGAAGCAGAGGGGUGACAGCUGGGAAAGCCACACCACCUGCCAGCACUGCCACCGACAGUUUCCCACUCCCUUCGAGCUGCAAUGUCACAUUGAAAGUGUACACACCACCCAGGAACCUUCUGCUGUCUGUAAAAUUUGUGAAUUGUCAUUCAAAACAGAUCAGGUUCUCUUACAGCACAUGAAGGACAAUCAUAAGCCUGGCGAAAUGCCCUAUGUGUGCCAGGUUUGCAAUUACAGAUCAUCAGCCUUUGCUGAUGUGGAAACACAUUUCAGAAAAUGCCAUGAAAACACUAAGAAUUUGCUCUGUCCAUUCUGUCUCAAAAUUUUCAAAACUGCAACACCAUACAUGUGUCAUUAUAGGGGACACUGGGAAAAGAGUGUUCACCAGUGUUCCAAAUGCCGGCUACAGUUUUUAACUUUCAAGGAGAAAAUGGAGCAUAAGACCCAGUGUCAUCAAAUGUUUAAAAAGCCUAAGCAACUAGAGGGAUUGCCCCCUGAAACAAAGGUUGUUAUUCAGGUGUCACUGGGACCUCUUCAACCAGGAUCUGUGGAAGUAGCAUCCGUUACUGUGAGCACAUCUGAUUCUGAACCAUCAGCCCCCAAGUUUAAAAGUAGAAUUUCAAAAAAACCUCGUUAAUUCUAGUUUCACUAAACCUAAAGCAGGUAUUUCAA